UAGUUCGCAUUGUACUGUGCGUUGAUACGUUCACAUACAUAUGUGCUGUCGAAUCAGCGGUCGGUUAAGAUAGAUACGUGCAGCGAUAGUUUAAGAUAGCUCCGACUCUCUGUUUUCACACAAUCCGUACUUUCCCAGCACGAUUAAGGGCUAUCGCUGACAGAAAAUAUAUCCGGAAGGCGUUGGCAGAGUUUCUUCGAUUUAAAUUACUCCUCGCGCCGUAGGUGUCUAUUAUCCAAAUCAAGGAGUGUUUAAUAAAUCAAACGUCCUAGACAAUAGUUCCGUCUAUGGUGGUAGCGCCUUAUUCGUGUCUUCUCUCGCACACAAGGUUUCACAGAGUCAGGAGUUCAUAGACCCGGCGACUCUCCUCCAGGAUAUUUUCAAACUGAGGAUAUCCCUUGACGCCUGCAUACGACAACGAUUCCACACGAAUGUACACAUAUUGUACGAAUUGAACGCACAGUUCACGUAGCGAUAUCGGGAUCUAGGCGUGUUGUUGUUUGUUGGGUCGAAAGUUGCCAGGAAACGAAUAUUGAAGGGGCACAGUCAAGUGACUCUCGGCAACUGAAAUGAACGAGCUAAACGCCUAGAAAGGACUCUACACUUUCCGACUACGCUGGUUCCGCCGUUCUUAACAGUUUGUUUACAUGCCCUCCGAAACGCCUGUAAACGCUCGUUGUGACUUCGUACACGCUCCCUUAAAUCGCUCAUCCGUUCUUGCCCUUCUCAAAGUGGAAUCGUCCUUCGCGUACUUUGAGAGCCGACAUCUGACUGGUAACAAUAUCCUGUCCCGGUUGGUAUUGUUACAUUGCGUGCCGGCUAAUCCCGCGCGGUUCGAUAUACCGGUAAAGUAAAGUUAGUGAAAAUUAUCCUUACGUGAUUGAGUGUGGUUUUGCUCCUGGAUUAGUCAAAUCAGAAUCCAUGCAAUCCAAGUUGUCCGUGAAGGACCUAAAAGUGUGAUCUGUGAUUUUUUACAAGAAAGAAAAGUGAUGCCUUAUUUAAGUUGUCGUGAGCAGACUACAUACAGAAUGGUCUGUCCGUCGCCAUCCUCCUACGCUAUCCUGAUUCUCUGCCUUGUACCCAUCAUCGGAAUUAUCUCAGUGGCGGACGCUAGCUGGUCGAGGAUACGAGGUGCCAGCUCAGAUGGAAAUGUUUCGCAUGAUGACAUGCACAAUUACCUAAUGGAGUUUGGAUAUCUUCCAAAGUCAGACAUUGAAACAGGAAAUUUAAGGACUGAGGAGCAAUUUAGGGAGGCGAUUAGAAAACUGCAGGAAUUCGGUAAUGUACCUGUGACAGGGCAAAUCGACGAGCAAACAGUGAAACUCAUGCGAAGGCCACGUUGUGGAAUACCAGAUCGAAAUAAUUCUUUAGAUUUUACGUCAGACAAUCGAAGCCAUCGAUAUAGAUUUAAGCGGUAUGUGAUACAAGGAGCGAAAUGGGAGCAUACGGAUCUAACAUGGAGCUUAGUAAAUCAAACUAUGACCGACUUAGAUGCCGGCCAAGUAAGACGAGUCUUAACCGAAGCUUUAAGCGUAUGGGCACAAAAUUCAAAGUUAACAUUUCGAGAAGUAUACAGUGAUAAGGCGGACAUACAAGUCCUAUUUGCUAGACGUCAUCACGGUGAUGGUUAUGACUUCGAUGGACCAGGAAUGGUGUUAGCACAUGCAUUUUAUCCUGGCAGUGAUCGAGGAGGUGACGCACAUUUUGAUGCUGACGAAAGAUGGAACUUAGAUGGAAAACCUUCAGAAGAUGGAACAAAUUUGAUGGGCGUUGCAGUCCACGAAUUCGGCCAUUCGUUAGGAUUAGGACAUUCAUCAGUAGAGGAUGCAAUCAUGUUUCCUUGGUAUCAUGGAUACCAAAUAAACGGUGAGCUUCCUGACGACGAUCGAUUAGCUAUUCAGUCCCUAUACGGUGCUAAAGAAAAGCAAUGGGGUCCCUAUCGACCCAAUCGGCCACGAACUACGCCAACAACCACCACUACUACUACUACCACAACAACCACAAGACGGCCAUAUUAUCCCGAACGACCGCAACGACCACGCUACCCAGAUAACGAUCCUCGCUACGAUCCACGAUAUGACGAUCGAUACAACAGACGCUACUAUCCCGAUAAUGAUCCCCGAAAAAAUCCACAAUAUCCGAAAAAUGAUCCUAGAUAUCCGCAAGAAGAUCCUAGAAAACCUAAUGAUCCACGUUACCCACAAGAUCCACGACGCCCACAGGACCCACGAUACCCGCAGGAUCCACGAUAUCCACAGGACCCACGAUAUCCUCCGGAUCCGCGGUAUCCUCAGGAUCCUCGAUACCCUCAUGACCCUAGAUACCCGCAAGAUCCUAGAUCACCACAAAAUCCACGGCAGGAUCCUAGAUAUCCACAUGAUCCAAGAUACCCGCAGGAUCCGCAAACUCCAAGACCUACACAUCGCCCCGAAGUACAUCCAACUCGUCAUACGUAUCAUACGCAUCAUCCAACGAGGAGUACGACCACAACAACCACAACAACUCGGCAUGUUAAACACAAGAUUCAUCCACCAUAUAAACCAGAGAGAAGGAAAAAUGACAAACCCGAUACAUGUAAUACCAGCUAUGACGCUAUUACCCUUAUUCGGGGAGAACUGUUUAUAUUUAAGGAUAGGUACUUGUGGCGUAUUGGAUCUCAAGGACCCCAUAGAGGAUAUCCUCUUGAAAUUAGAAGACUAUGGAAAGAACUGCCCGAGAACCUCACAAGAGUCGACGCAGUUUAUGAGAAUCCCAAGAGACAGAUUGUAUUUUUCAUAGAGCGACAGUACUACGUAUUCAACACGAAUACCCUGGAGCCAGGCUAUCCCAAACCAUUAACCCACCUCGGAUUGCCUUCAUUCUUGAGAAGAAUCGACGCAGCCUUCAUUUGGGGCCACAACCAGAAAACCUAUUUGUUCAGCGGAACGCUCUAUUGGCGAUACGAUGAGGACGUUAAACACAUUGAGCUCGACUAUCCCCGCGAUAUGUCCAUUUGGCAAGGAAUCGGCUAUCACAUCGAUGGAGCAAUGCAAUACUUGAACGGUAAAACCUACUUUUUCAAAAACAGGGUGUACUGGGAAUUCGACGAUAGUCGAAUGCACGUCGCUCAUGACCAACCUAAACUAUCUGCCCACAAAUGGAUGCGAUGUCCUCGAAAGUCGAUAACAACGAAUGAAAUUGAAGAGACUCUGCCUCGGCAAAAGGAGCUCCUUACAUCUGAUCCAAACUACUCGACUGCCAGUCAUUCGACAUUACUGGGAAGCAGAAGUCGGUGGCAUCACUUAGGAAGAACUGUGACACUGCUACUGUUCACGCCUUUAUUCAUGACAUUUUUUACUAUUAGAUAAUUUAUAUAAUUAGGUCUAUUUUAUGUGAUAAAAAAUUUACGAGAGAACGAAAUAAUUUUGUAAUUACAGAAAAAUUGUAUCUAGUUGUAAGCGAUAAAUUUAAUGAACCCUUGCGGAAUUUGCAUGAUCUCCAUUUCUUGCAUCGGUUUCGCUGCGUCAACAUGCAAGGGAAGUAAUAUUAAUAGUCCAAUUUCCUUCUGUAAAUUAAUCGAAUCAUUUGCACUCUUGUCGCAUCUACGCAUAUGGGCCAUUCUUACAUUUAAUCUAGUUCGCUUUCGUGCGCAUCAAGCGAAUAAGGAAUCGGCGGAACUGACAAAAGCUUUACUACGAAUGAAACAUAAAUUAAUCGAAUUCUACAAGAUGAUUGUGUAUUCUGUUAUUUUUACAUAAUUUUAGUUGUUUAGAAUUAUCCACAAAAUUAUUGUUGAUUUCAUUCUGAAAAGAAAAACAAAUACCACAUUCGACUGCCAUUUUUUCCAAGUAAAAUAACUCUCCUGUGAAACUGUAAGAAAGAGACUCUAAUUAAAUUAGCGUUACAAAUCUUUUUAUUUGUUGUAUGUUUUAGUUAUAUAAUAAAUAAAAAAUUAUGAAAAUUAUUAAAAAA